AUCCCAGGUAUUGUAAAGCGUUUGACAUCCCCUUUUGACAAACAGGGCUGCCAGGAGUAGCAACUUUUUUUUCCUCCAAAUUUUUUCCUCUUCUCAUGGAAAAAAAUUUUUUGCCACGAUUCGUUUUCCUUCUCACAGUCAAAUUCAUUCUCUCUCUAGCCUUGUACCUCUCUGUCUCCUUUUCCCUAUUUUCGACUCUGUCUCGAACCUUCUCUCUCUCCCAUUCUCUAUCUUGCCCUUCUUCAAACCUGCUUUUUGCUGAACGAUUAGCGACUUCGGGCUUCUUCAAGAGCAGGAGGCGGGGAUGGGGCUGGUAAACACAGCUAAGGCACUUCCAGAAUGUCCCGAUUCAGCAACUUUCUUUUCUUUCUUCCCCGCUGCCCCCCCUUCAAGGGUAGCAAAAGAGGCUUUUGUUAUUUGCUCCUUUUGAAGUUUGCUUCCCUCUUGCCUCGUCCCCCUCUUGUUCAUAAUUUAAGAUCUCGGGAGCACACGGGCACUGCACUCUCUCUUUAUAAGAAACGUGAUUUCUCAGUAUAACUGGCUGCCUGGAUUUUUUUUCACUUUUACCAAAUCAGUCAGACUUCCUUUACGCCCCCACACCCCCCUUGAAAAUUAAGCACAGGUGGACGGGAGCUCUUAACUUUCCAAGUUAUUGAUGAAAAUUUUUUAAUUAGGAAAUUGGAAACAUUGUUUGUGACUUCUUUUUUCCUCUCCCGUGUUAUUCUCCUCUUUUCUCCGUUUUCGCUAAUACCCUUCGUCUGCCCCCACUAACUCCCCCUCUUCUACACUCCUGUUCCCAACUGGGGCCCCUUUCAUUCAGGUAAAACUGUAAAUUUCCCAAAGCGCAAUUGUUCUUCAGUACUGCCCAAAGCUCCCUAGAAAUCCCCGAAUACUUUUUUGGUAUUUAAAUUCCCGAUAGAUAGGACCAAUGUAAAUUUUGUGACAUUCAAACCUUUUCUAGUUCACAAAUCAGUCACCCUUGUCACAGUUAUUGAAAUUCCGCAACUCGCCACACCAGGACGGUGGAAAAAGCGGGCGCGGUCUUUGUUGCCGACCAGGCUUUUGAUCGCCAGAGAAAAUUUACUUACCUUCAGAUGAGUGAGCAGAAAAAGAAAUAACACUCCCUUUGAUUUAGUUAGGAAAAUGCAGACAUUUGGAUUCAGUGCAAACAUACAACACUCGCUUGUUUUCGCGAUACGGCCUUCGAUUAACCUGUCUUUGCCCAGCGCAAAGUCUAUUCAACAACUGCGCGUAGUUGCUUUUUGUCCCGUCCACAAAGAGCCAUUGACUAUAUAUUAAAAUGAUUGUUGAAAGGUAGAAGAGUAUGGAACUUAAAAGCAGAAAAAAAAAUCCCUGUGACUCAAUCAAUUAAGGCGAGCAACAUUUAUGCAUUUCAAAAAAUGCAUUCGGUUGCGGGGGGUUGGGAGGAUGAAGGUUGUAUUUCUCCGCAGCUCUGUUUAAAACCCAGCAGCCCCGGCCGAGGGUUUAGCUGAGGCGUCUGCAUAUUCAUUAGGUCUAAUUAUUUUCUAGUAAGGAAAACACAAAAAGCCAAGAGUCGGAAUCCUUCAAUUUGCCCUUUGUUUCUAACUUCAUUUGGCUUCUUUGCAGCUGAAUCAGAGCCCUAAACUCUUCUCCCAGACAAAGAAACCUCAACUCAUCGUUUCACUGGCGCCCCGUUAGGAAACUCACCAGUGCCCCGGAGAGAGGAAAAUGAAAAUGAAUUUUUUUUUUUUUUUUUUUUUUUGCCAGGUCGCCCGCUGCACAAGCUGGAGGAAGGCAGGGUCAGCGUCGCUGCUCCUCUCCUUCCUGGUUUGCUGGUCUUUCAUCGACCAGCUUCUUGCUUGGGGUUGGAGAACUAAGCUCCCCUUCCCCUGGGCUCUCUCAGUUCAAAACUCGACUUGUAUAUCUGGGAUGGUUUCCCGGUGUCUGAAGGGACCUGGUCAGCAUUCAUAUUUGUUGUGCUGGGAAACAGAAAUUUAAGGGAAAAAAAUCAAGUGUUUUGUCCCGAGCAACAAGUCCGAGUGCAGCAGCCCGGCAUUCCCCACCAACUUUGAGUAGAACCAGGAUGGGGAAUUGAGGGAAAGGGCUGGGGCUUGAGGAGUGGUUUUUAAAAAACUCUAAUGCAUUUUGUGCAAUAAAAGAUAUAUCGGAACCACUCAGUGCUUUCUGCUGCCUGCAAGAGUUGGACCCUGCCUCCACUGCAGUUGUAAAAACCUUAUCUGCAAGGAGAAGUUUUCUCUAGAGGCUGUACUGCUCUCACUAGGGGAAACAAAUAUUGAGCCCACCUCGCCUGCCGUUCAAAACACAAGGGAGGGGAUGUGAAGGGGAAGGGUAACCACUGGGAGGGGUAGAGAGAAAAUAGUUCUUCAAAAAAGAAAAGUCAGUCUUGUCCUUUCCAGUCAGUGGAAAAUCCAAGGGGGGUACGUUGACAAGAGGGUAUUUUUAGGAAAUGCGUCCAGAUAUACUGGGUAAGAGUGAAUGUGAGAAAAAAAAAGUUGUGGGUUGUAGAAGUUAUCAAGUGGGAUUUGCGGCGCUCUCUGCAGGAAACGCAAGCGGCUCCAGUUCAAAGCCACAUGCACCAACGUGACAUAUAAGCCAUUAAAAUAUCAUCCUGACGGCUCAUUUCUGCUUCAUCAUACAUUCCCUAACUGCUUCCCGAAAGCUGGAAAAGGAGAAAUGAAGGAUGACCGCCUGGCUGGAACCACAAAAGAGAGGCUUGGAGGGGUUUGUGGUCCCCUCUCAGCCACCCCAAAGUGAUGUGCAGAAAUGAGGCGAUCCCGGCAACAGGUGGAGAAGGGUUCAAAAUUGGAAAAUGAGAUACAAGAGUUCCUUGGUGAUGAGGAAACGAUUAAGGCUUUACCGAAACACCCUGAAAGAGUCAAGUAGCAGCUCCGGACACCAUGGGCCCCAUCUUGCUGCCGCCUCCAGCCCCUCGGUGUUCCCGAGCCUCCACGAGCAGCCUCCCCAGGCCUCCCCCAGCAGCACUUUGAGCGGACUCCUGCGUCUGGGGCUUCCUGGAGACAUGUACGCGAGAUCCGAAUCCUUCACGCCGGGACCAGUGGCCCGCAGCGACGCCCUGGCAACUGCCGCGGCCCUGCAGGGCUAUGCGGGCGUGAACCUGACGGUGAAUCUCGCCGCGCCCCAUGGUCCCGGCGCCUUCUUCCGAUACAUGCGCCAGCCCAUCAAACAGGAGCUCAUCUGCAAGUGGCUGGCGGCCGAUGGCCCCGCACCCCCGCACCUCUGCUCCAAAACUUUCAGCACCAUGCACGAGCUGGUCACGCACGUCACCGUGGAGCACGUCGGCGGCCCAGAGCAGGCCAACCACAUCUGCUUCUGGGAGGAGUGUCCGCGCCAGGGCAAGCCCUUUAAAGCCAAAUACAAACUUGUAAAUCACAUCCGCGUGCACACGGGCGAGAAGCCCUUCCCCUGUCCUUUCCCGGGGUGUGGGAAGGUCUUUGCUAGAUCAGAAAAUCUCAAAAUACACAAAAGAACUCACACAGGGGAGAAACCCUUCAGGUGCGAGUUCGAGGGCUGCGAGCGGCGCUUCGCCAACAGCAGCGACCGCAAGAAGCACUCGCACGUGCACACGAGCGACAAGCCAUACACGUGCAAAGUGCGCGGUUGCGACAAGUGCUACACGCACCCCAGUUCGCUGCGUAAGCACAUGAAGGUGCACGGGCGCUCGCCGCCGCCGCCGCCUAGUUCUGGCUACGACUCGGCCACGCCGUCUGCCCUCGUAUCACCCUCAUCGGACUUUGGCCGUGAGCCCCCGGUGGCCUCCUCGGCGGCGGUGGCGGUGCGUGGCGCCGACCUGAGCGAAUGAUGUCCACCGCGUUGCUCGCAAGGUAAUCUCGCCCAGCGCAGCUGAGCGCCCGCAUCUCGCGCCUGCGACAUCAAAGGGCCCGCGCACAAAGCAAUGUUUCUUCGCCACGGUGCAUCUUCAUGGUAAGUUAGGAUUUCUAUGGCAAUGGGCAAGUCGCACUGAAAUCCUGAAAGGCCGAGCCUGGAGCCCGUCCAGGCUUUUCAUUAAGGACAUAAUAUUUACGUCUAACAGGCCUUUUUUCUUGUGUAUACAAGUAUAUAUUUUUGUUUGACGCGGACUAAAUCAUUUUCAUUUAAUUUCCGGUAAACAAAACCCACGCGAAUGGGCACUUGUUCCCGAUCAUAAUAAAAAUGGAUAAUAAUGUGAGGGAAGAAAAGGGCUGCUUGAAUCGCCGCUCAGCCCCCUUUGUUUCUGCUUUCUGCGGUGAUCAGAGGGCGCAUUUGGGUUUGAUGGCGAGUUUCUAAAGGCGAGGAAAUGGUUUGUGAGCGGGGAAAGAAAAGGAGAAAGGUCUAAUCAAGCUCGGUUGUUCAAAGAGUCGGGUUUUGGGGUUGAAAGUGUGAGUUUGACGGUGCAUCAGCAUGCUGCGUUAGGCUCGCCAUGGAAAUGCGCGCGGGGAGCGGCUGCUUCAAAGGCGGCACACUUCACUGCAGACACUCUAUUAAGAUACAUUUGUGGUGACCUUUGCUUUCACGCCAUUUAAUACUGUCACUGCGCUCCCUAGUAUAUACUUCCUCCUUAGGACCUGCCUCGCCUGGUUUAGGGGUUCACACUGCACUCUGAUGUGGGGCGGGAGUCGCUUUGGUGCCAGGACGUUUUCAGGAACGGGAGGAGCCGGACUCCGUGCAUCUUGACUGCGCCCCAAAAAGGCUCCAGGGUCAGGAGUAAUAACCUUAGGGCAAUCUCAGAAGCUUCACAAAUGAGCAUCCCAGCUCAGGUUUGUGCAACUCGCCUCUCUGCAUCUUGAACAGGGUGGAUGGGUGAAUUUCAAUGGGACUUAGGAGGUGUGUGAGCCACCCUGAAUUAGUCUGAGGAGUUCAGACGGCCUUUGGCACAUCUCUACUCUGGCCUCAACCACAGCCCAUUCUGCCCCUCUAUCCCAGAAGUCUCUUGCAGCCCCGACUCUUGCGUCUCCCCAGGGUUAGGUGUAUGAUACCCCUCAGACUUAGCCUGGCCCUGGGCAUGAUGAACUCAAGAGCCCAAGGCCAAGGGGAUAGAGAAGAUGGCAGGAAAGUUAGAAGUCCAUGUUCCCUUAAUUGUCUUGUUGUUUAUUUUAUCCAAGUACCCCAGUGAAUAGGGGAAAAAUAAACAUGGUGGAAAAAAAUCAAACAGUGGAAUCUUCUUUAGUGCCAGUCCUUGUGGUUGAAUAAAAAGGAUGGUCCGCUUUCUAUUGAGCGGAGAAAUCUUUGAAGUGGGAGUUAUUAUCUGAGACAUUCCUGCUUGUCGUCCUAACAACGCUGAUGAAACGUAAAAGGUUCUUUGUCAGCGAUUUGUUCUCCUCUCUGUCAAACUCCCUCUGCCCCGUUAGUUUUAGACCAUUUCUAAAGAGAGAAAAUCAAACUUCUUUCUUAAAAAAAAAAACAUACAUACACACUACACUAACUGAUAACUUUGGAGCUAAGUCCCUGUAAGGGAAACACAAAGGCAACACAGAGACAUGAGGUCCAGGGCCUGCAGAGGUGUGCAGAUGUUAAGGGGCCCUUUGCACAGCCUCUAGGACAUGAGGGAAAGAAUGCAGAGAUGGGGCAGACAGUGUACAUACUCCACGCCCACACUGUGUGUCUGUUUCUCUCU